AUGUAUCUCUAUCUUUAUUUUUUAAGCUCCGCCUCCUACGUGGUCAUGAUGAACCUCGCCCUAUCAGACGGGAGCUUCUCCCUUACCCUUCCACUGCGAUUGGCUUAUUACUUCAGGGGCGGGGUUUGGGACUUCCCUGAUUGGCUGUGCCGACUGUGCGUCUACGGCUUCUACCUCAACCUGUACACGAGCAUCCUCUUCCUCACUCUACUGAGCGUGCUCCGUUGGCUCGCCGUGAACCACCCAUUACGUCACCGAGAUCUGGUCACGCCCCCUCGAACCUUAUUGGUCUGUCUGGGAGUCUGGCUGUUUGUGGGCGUGUCUUCUGUCCCCUUCUUGUUCAAUAAUGGGGUGACGGACAGGGCGGGGUCUCUUCGUUGCUUCGAGCCAUCUAGCCCCUCCUGGGGGCGUCUCCUGAUCUUAAACUAUGUGGCGUUGGCUUUCGGCUUCCUGCUCCCGUUCCUCACGAUCAUCGUGUGCUACAGCCGGAUCGUCUGUCACCUGACGUCCCGCUUCGACGUCCAUGGCGGCGCUCGCCGUUGCAACAGGCGGCGCUCAGUGCGCCUGGUCGCGAUGGUGACGGCGACCUUCCUGCUCUGCUUUCUGCCCUACCACGUGAUACGAACCCUGCACCUGCACGCCGUGUGCGGCGGGUGGGACUGUGAGGUCACGGUGGCGCUGCAGCGGGCGGUGGUGGUGACGCUGUGUCUGGCGGCCUCCAACAGCGUGGUCAACCCGCUGCUGUAUUACUAUGCCACCGGGACGUUCAGGGGCCACAUGAGGGACGCUCAUUUGUCCCUGAGGAGGUCCAAGAGGCCCCAAGUGACUCUGGUGAGCAGGAAGAACACCAACGCCUGACCCCCCAAAGCCUGAGCCCUGAACCCCUAAGCCUGAACCCCAAAGCCUGAACCCUGAACCCCUAAGCCUGAACCCCAAAGCCUGAACCCUGAAACCCUAAGCCUGAACCCCAAAGCCUGAACCCUGAACCCCUAAGCCUGUGGUUACCCCGUGUUAACCCCAUGUUAACCCCAUGUUAACCCCGUGGU